AUGGCGCUACCCAAUACUUAUUUUGACAUCGUGAUUAUUGGUGCCGGCCCCGUGGGUUUAUUGCUGUCCGUGUGUCUGUCGAGAUGGGGAUACAAAAUCAAGCACAUUGACAAUCGACCAGUCCCAACCGCCACUGGAAGAGCUGAUGGUAUCCAGCCUAGGUCGCUUGAGGUCCUCAAGAAUCUGGGACUGAAGAGAAAGAUCAUGGCACACGAUCCCGCCAAGGUCUAUGAAGUGGCUUUCUGGGAUCCCAGCAACAAUGGAAUUGUGAGAACGGGUACUUGGCCCAGUUGUCCGAGUUUCUUGGAUGCAAGAUACCCCUUCACGGCGUUACUACAUCAAGGCCUCGUUGAAAGAGUCUUUAUCGACGACCUGGCCAGGAAUGGUACUCGAGUUGACAGACCAUGGACAAUCACCAGAUUUGAGAACGAUGGCAGGGACAAUACUUAUCCAGUUUCAGUGCACCUCAAGAACCUGGAUAGCAAUGUAGUCGAGCACGUCCACACAAAAUAUCUCUUCAGCGGAGAGGGCGCUCGUAGCUUUGUCCGCGAACAGCUCGGCAUUCAGUUCCAGCAUAAGGAUCCAGUAGCACAUGUAUGGGGCGUGAUGGACGGUGUGGUACGGACUAACUUCCCAGACAUCAAAAUGAAAUGCACAAUCCAUUCUGACUACGGCUCGAUCAUGGUCAUACCUCGAGAAGCCAACAUGGUACGCCUGUACAUCCAGAUAGCUUCGUCAACAGACAAAGACUGGAACCCUCGCAAGACGGCUACUGUCGAAGAAGUGCAGCAAGCAGCAAUGAACAUUCUCAAGCCGUAUGAGAUUAGCUGGGAUCGGGUUGAAUGGUACUCCAUCUAUCCUAUUGGGCAGGGAAUCUCCGAAAAGUACACGGUCGAUCAUCGUAUUUUCAUGGGCGGAGAUUGCUGCCAUACACAUUCCCCAAAAGCCGGCCAAGGAAUGAAUACCGCUUUUCACGAUGCCAUCAACCUCGCCUGGAAGCUCCAUCACGUGGAAGCCGGCUUCGCCGACCGCUCCAUUCUGGAGACGUAUGAAAGCGAGCGCAAGCUCAUAGCCGAGACGCUUCUCAAUUUUGAUGCUCAAUACGCAAAGCUCUUCUCCCAACGCCAUCCCUCAGCCUCCGAAGUCGGCCAUGCCAACAACCAUGUCUCCUCUCCUUCCACAAGCAAAGAGGAGAAAAACCAGUUCGUCGAAACCUUCAAAGCCAACUGCGAAUUCACCACCGGUUUCGGUGUCGCUUACCAACCAAAUCUCUUCAAUUGGUCAUCGUCCCUCCCGUCCACAACAUCCUCCUCCCUUUUCAACCCUCCAGGCAACAAAUGCACACCCGGCCGCAUCCUCCCCCCGGCAACCGUAACCCGUGUCGUCGACGCCAACGUCGUCCACCUCGAGAACGAAAUCCCGUUCAACGGCUCCUUCCGCUUCUUUGUCUUUGCCGGCAAACCCCAAACAAGCAAACAAGCGCUCAAAGACCUCUCCUUAUACCUGCAGAGCCCCCAAUCGUUCUACGCCCGCUUCUCCACCGUUUCCGCCGAAUCUGCCGACCUACACCACGAACUGCAUAACCCCCACUCGCGCUUCUUCAGUAUCUGUCUUACCAUAGCGGCGAAGAGAGCGGACAUCUUGAUUGCAGACCUGCCGGAGUUAUUCCAGGAUUAUUCCAGCCAUGUCUACGCGGAUGAUAUAUGGGAUAAGAGGGUUCCUGAUGCGCAGGCGGCGGCGCAUGCGAAGGUGGGGUUGGAGGUCGAGAAUAGAGAUGGUAAGGGAGCGGGAGGGGUGGUGGUGGUAAGGCCAGAUGGGCAUGUCGGGUGUGUGGUUAGAUUGGUGGAGGGGAGGGGAACGGUGGAGGCGCUGGAGGAGUAUUUCGCGGGGUUUGUGGUCGGUGGUCGGAAAAGGGCUGAGAUGAAAGAUUGGAGUGCAGAGGAAGAGAAGACUCUUGGGAAGUUUGAGGGAGGCGUGAGGGCGCAUCUGUGA